UUGUCUCUCAGUGGCUUGUGUUGUUCUCUGCUCACUCCCCGACAUGGCUGUUCAUCUCAGCUUUUUUCUGAUCCUCACUGGACUCACAGGAAUUCAUGGAAUAACUACAGUCAGUGAAGUGUCAGUAAAGGCUGGAGGCUCAAUCUCUAUCCCAUGUCUCUAUGGCUCACAGUACAGAAACCAUGUGAAAUACUUGUGUAAAGGAUAUUAUUUUCGCCACUGCUCAUAUGCAGUUAAAACAAACCAACGAAGUUCAGGAAAGUUUUUGAUCUCUGAUGACAAAAACCAAAGAAUCUUCACUGUGACUAUAAAUGAUCUGAUGGAUACAGACGCUGACUACUGGUGUGCUGUGGAAAUUAAUGGAGGGUCAGAUGUUGAAGAGUAUUUUCACCUGUCAGUCACCAGAGAUUUGCCCAGACUAUAUGUGGACCAUCAGGAGAUCACAGGAUUUCAUGGAGAAAAAAUAACCAUCAAUUGUUUCCAUCAUAACUCUGGAGAAAUGAAGUGGUGCAGGCUGGGCGGCUCCUGUCUGAGCUCAUCGGGAUCAAUAGAUGGAACAAGAGUGACCAUCAAUGCAAGUUCUAGUGUUGUUACUGUGACGAUGAGCGAACUGACGACAGACAGCAGCGGCUGGUAUUUGUGUGUCCACAGAGACUUACAGAUGCCAGUGCACCUCGCUGUUACUGAGAAACCUACUACUGCAACAACCAGUUUAACCCCCAUUUCACCUGCUCCAGAGUCUAAGAAUCCCACAGAGCAACCACCGAACACAGAUCAGGCUGAACAGGACAGUGGUACAGUUGACCUAAAGAGCUUCAUCAUCCCUUUGAGUUUGCUGAUUUUCACUGUAAUGGUGACCUUGUUCAUCUGGUAUAUGCUAAAAAGACAGAAGCAGACCAAAGUCGAAUCAUCUGCCACAACAACGGCUGACGAGGAAGUAACGUACAGUAAUGUGAAGAAAAAGAGACAAGCCUCAGAGACGGCUGAAGAGGAAGUAACAUACAGUAAUGUCAAACAUGUGAGACGAUCUUCAAGGGGGAGGUCAGAUGCUGAGAUGAAGAGUGAUGAAGAUGUGACGUACAGCUCUGUGUUUGCUUUAGAACAACAAAAUGGACAAAGGGUUGAAGCAAAAGCUGAGGAUGUAACAUAUAGCACGCUGGUUCACCACCAGCAAAACCUGUAAAUGUUCCUGCCUCUACAUCUUAUCCAUCAAGUCAAGUCAGUUUUAUUUAUUUAGCCCAAAAUCACAAAUCAGUUCUCCUCAAGGGGCUACAGCAUGCAACAGCCCCUGUCCUCAGAGCCCCGUCUGUCCAUCAUGGGAUUCUUUUUUUCAAUCAUAGAGUUGCAAUGUGUUAUUGUUUGAUUUUGCCGUAACUUCUUACUCCUUUUUGACAUUUUGAGGUUUUAUACCUUCUCCCCAUUUUUGAUCCUCCUCUGCAUAGCUGCAAAACAUUUCAAACAAGUACUGACCUGGGUCUGAUUUUCCAAAAUCAAUGUAAAGAACACAGAUGUUCUGUUCAGUGACGUUUGAUGUAAAAUGAAUGAUCAUGUUUAAGUUACAAAAAAUAAAAAAUAAAAACUGUCAAACUAACAAACUCAUGCAAAUUAAUU